UAAAGAAAAACAAAAUAGGUGCUAAUAAGCGUGAUAAACAAAUCGGGAGACAAAAACCCUAGGGGCCAAGUGAUCAAAACCUGCAACAGGUGCGCAUGGGGAUCCCGGGCCGUCCGAUUGAAGAUCGAACGGUUCUCGAUGCGCCGAUUUUGGAGCUUAUCUUGGACGCGUGUACCCCCAUACUUUCUUUCUCCGCCUCCCAAAUGCUUAAUGCGACGUAAAUUUUCCGAUAAUACGCUGCAAAUCAGCCUCUGAUUGUGAGUAAAAAUGUUUCUGUGUACGUGUGCGCGGUUUUUGAUGAAAUUGAGAGCGGCGUGAGUGUAGAGAUGUGAGAUUCGGAGGAAUCUGAGGUAGUUUUGGGGACACUGAACGGAGGUUCUAGCUUAUUUCGCCGACAGAUCGGUUCGGAUGAUUUACUGCAAAGUUUAGUUUGUAAACAAGUAAGGAGAUUGUGAGGUGUCCGAUCUCGCUAUAAAUGUACUCAGCUUGUAAUAUGUGGACGGGCAAGUGUAUAGAUUUUGUGAGGUUAUGAUGGUGACAGAGAGUCCUGUAAAGAUGUUUCCCGGUCUUGGAAUGAGAGGAACAUUAGGGGGUAGCAGUAACAAUAGUGGCACAAGUCCGCCGAGUAUGCAAGACAGUGAAGAAUUAGGGAAAGAACUUGGGAUGAUGCUGAGGGAGCAGCGCCGGUAUGAGAUUAGUGAAAGGGAAAGAGAAUUAAACCUGUACAGAAGUGGUAGUGCUCCUCCCACAGUUGACGGCUCUCUGGCUGCCGUUGGGGGUUUUUUCAAUCAUAACUCCGCAAAUGGAUCUACGCUUCCUAGAGCUGCUACUAAUACUAACACUAACACUAAUACUGUUAAUAAAAAUAAUCACAGUCAGGGACUUCUAACGGAAGAAGAGAAGGUGAGGUCUGAUCCUGCGUAUUUAUCUUACUAUUAUUCUCAUGUGAAUCUGAACCCUAGGCUUCCGCCUCCAAUACUGUCCAAAGAGGACUGGCGCUUUGCACAGCGCUUGCAAGCGGGGACGUCCCCGCACGGCGGAAUAGGCGACCGAAGAAAGUUUAGGUCUUUUGACGACGGCAACAGCAAAUCUCUCUUCUCUAUGCAGCCCGUACUUCCCACUCACAGAGAAGAGAACGAAGGAGUAGACAAAUUAAGGGAGGGGAACCUGGGUCGGCAACCUUCUGCAGAGUGGUUUGAGCACGGAACGGAUGGACUGAUUGGUCUGUCAGGGCUAGGAGCUCGGAGGAAAAGUCUAGCAGAUAUGCUUCAGGAAGAUCUUGGAAGAUCUUCUCCAGCACCUAGGCAUCCUUCCAGACCAGCAAGUCGCAAUGCUUAUGAUGAUGGAGUUGAUAACAUUUGUGCUAGUGAGGCACAGGUUGCACAAAUGCAUCAUGAUAUAACAGGUCUUGAAGGCAUGCGAUCUAGCUCACCAAUGCCUGGUCUAGCUAGAGUUCAAAGUCUUGGCACCCAGUCUUCGCAUGCCUUUGCAUCAGCUUUAGGUGCUUCUCUUUCAAGAAGCCAAACUCCAGAUCCUCAGCAUGUAGUAGCAAGGUCUUUGGGUGCUUCUCUUUCAAGAAGCCAAACUCCAGAUCCUCAACACGUUGUGACAAGGUCUCCUAGUCCAAGUCUUAAUGCAAUGGGAGGAAGAUUUGGCAUACCUGAUAGACAAAAUAUUGGUUCCUCCAGUUCAUUUAAUGGGGUUUCUUCAAACUCAAUUGAGUCUGAUGAAAUUGCUGCUGGUUUAUCAAACAUUAGCCUCUCAUCUAAUGGAGUAGUUGAAGACGAGAGACAUGCAAAAUCACAGUUACAGAAAGAUAUUGUAGAGCGCCAAAAUUACCUUUUUCAUCUUCAAAAUGGUCAGAACCAAAAUCACCAGCAUCAACAUCCAGGAAUAUCUCAGCCGGAUUCUGUUCAGACAUCAGUUUUGACACAAACAGCAGAACAGUCAUUUGCUGUCCCCAAUCAAAGCAACAGAGGUUUGAUCGAUUCUAACAUGCCCUCUGCUUCUUCUCAAUAUCAAGGGGAAGGCAUUUACUCCCAACAACAAUCCAUACCUCAUAUGUCCAAUUUAUCAGCAGCUGUGGAGGCAUCAUCUACAGCGGGGGUUUCUAAUGUUGAUGCUGCCAAUGGACAUUAUCAUAAUGCGAAUGUUCCAAAUGUAUGUGCUCCAAAUUAUGGCAUGAGUGGGUAUCCGAUUAAUCCAAUGUUACCAUCCAUAAUGGCUGGAUACAUUGGUCCUGGUAGUCUACCUCCUACAUUUGAGAAUGUUCUUUCUGGUUUGGACUCAAGAAAUGCAGCAGUUAAUCUCUCUGGAGGAAGUUCCAGAGGGGCUGGGGAUAUACAGAAUUUAUACAAAUUAGGUGGGCAAUUGGGAGCUGGACUUCAGAUGCCAGUUGACACACUAUAUCUUCAGUAUUUGCAGAGGUCAGCAGCUGAAUAUGCUGCACAAAUGGCUGCAGGCUUGAGUGAUCCUUCCAUGGCAAGGAAUUACAUGGGUGGCUCCUAUGUUGAUUUAGUUGAAUUACAAAAAGCCUAUUUUGGAGCAUUGUUUUCUCAACAGAAGUCACAAUAUGGCAUGCCCUUUUUAAGCAAAGGUGGCGCUCUCAAUCCAGCUUAUUAUGCUAAUUCAGCCUAUGGCCUUGCUGUGCCAUAUCCAGUUAGUCCAAAUUUGAGUCCUGUGCUUCCAAGUUCUCCAGUGGCACCUGCUAGUCCACCUGUUAGGCAUGGUGAUCGAAGCCACCGAUUUUCUCCUGGUACAAGAAGUGCAACUGGAGGAAUUAUUGGCCCUUGGCAUUCUGAAAAUGGGGGAAGUAUGGAAGAAGCUUAUGGGUCUUCAUUGCUGGAGGAAUUCAAGAAUAGUAAGACCCGAUGUAUUGAACUGUCAGAGAUCUUUGGGCAUGUAGUUGAGUUCAGUUCUGAUCAGUAUGGCAGCCGAUUUAUUCAACAAAAACUGGAAACUGCAUCAGUUGAAGAGAAAAAUAUGGUGUUUCAGGAAAUCUCUCCACAGGCAUUAACUCUUAUGACAGAUGUCUUUGGGAAUUAUGUUAUACAGAAGUUUUUUGAGCAUGGCACACAAAAUCAAAGGAAAGACCUAGCAAAUCAGCUUUCUGGCCAGAUUUUAGCUCUGAGUCUUCAGAUGUAUGGCUGCCGUGUAAUUCAGAAGGCCAUUGAGGUUCUUGAUGAAGAUCAGCAAGGUAAAAUGGUCUUGGAACUGGAUGGGCAUGUCAUGCGCUGUGUUCGUGAUCAGAAUGGGAAUCAUGUUAUUCAGAAGUGCAUUGAAUGCAUUCCUCAGGAUAGAAUUCAGUUCAUUAUUUCAUCGUUUUAUGGGCAAGUUUUGUCUUUGUCCACCCAUCCAUAUGGUUGUCGUGUCAUACAGAGGGUGUUGGAGCAUUGUACAGAUGCAAAGACACAGAGCAUUAUGAUGGAUGAAAUCUUGCAGUCAGUCUGUACACUUGCACAAGACCAGUAUGGAAAUUAUGUUGUACAGCAUGUACUUGAACAUGGCAAACCAAACGAGCGGGGUUCUGUAAUAAAGAAACUAGCAGGACAGAUAGUUCAAAUGAGCCAGCAAAAGUUUGCUUCAAAUGUUGUGGAGAAAUGUUUGGUAUUUGGAGGUCCCAUUGAGCGACAAAUUUUGAUAAGCGAGAUGCUUGGCUCAACAGAUGAAAAUGAGCCUCUGCAGGCAAUGAUGAAAGAUCAGUUUGCAAAUUAUGUUGUACAAAAGGUUCUAGAGACUUGUGAUGAUCAACAGCGGGAAUUAAUCCUUUCUAGGAUCAAGGUGCAUUUGAAUGCAUUAAAAAAAUAUACAUAUGGAAAACAUAUCGUCGCUCGAGUUGAGAAGCUUGUUGCAGCUGGAGAGAGGCGUAUUGGAACUCAACCAUCAUAUUUGUCAUAAAUUCAACAAUAUACAUACAUGGGGAAUUGUACAGAUGAGGAGGUUAAUUAUAAACCUGUUCCAGUCUUUUUAACUGGGCCAUGGUUUUUCUAUAGUACUAUUGUCCUUACAUUGUCUUGACAAUUGAAAACUGGAAGGUACAAGCUAGUGUACAUGCCUACAGUAAAAUAGUUCUGCUUGUACCAUGUUGUACAUUCUGUAGUUUGUAUGAUGACACGAUUCACAUAUUUAAACCACAACAGAGUUGUGUAGAAGGCAUUGUUUCAUUCAAAAAUGAUUGGAGACAGUCCUAAUUGUCUUCUUUCAGGCAAGUUUGUCAUGGAAGAGUGUAUUUGACAUCCUACUGUGAUUGGAUUGAGUAACUCUGUAAAAAGAGGGAUUAGCAAGUUAACUGUAAAAAUGCAAAUUUACUAUAGUAUUUGGGCCACGUGUUGGUUAGAACUUUUCAACUUUA